AUGUUCCCCAAAUCAGUUGGCCGGCCUGAUGUAGCAGAAGACGAUGAGGCCAAUGAGGCUGACCUGGGACAAAAGCGUGGAAGGGGUCGACCGCGGCUACACGGCCCGGACGAGGCAGUUGCUGACCGCCGACGGACACAAAUUCGUCUCGCCCAGCGAGCGUACCGUCAACGUCAGGAGACAGCCAUGACGACUCUUGAAAACGAAGCCAAGAAACUGGAGAAAUCAAUGGCAAGCAUGAGUCAAGAAUUUCAAGCCAUCCAUCAACUUAUGCUGAACGACCAUGUGCUUGAUGCCGCACCCCAUAUAGCAUAUCGUCUGGACUCCCUUGCUGCCAAGUUCCUGUUAGCUACGGCAGGCAAUGACAGCGACCAUGGCAACAAUGCAGUCCAACCAUCCGAUGCCGAGGAGCAGCCUUUUGACUUGGAAAUGAAAGCCAUGUACAGCAACUCUGGAGAAAAGUGCCGAUCUCACAAAGACACCAAACAGGCUUUUCAGGGAAGCAGCAUCGGCGUGCCAUGGUCAUUAUCACCAUCCAUGGUACCGCCGUUCCCCUACGAAGCUGCCACCCAGCCGACUGUUGACAACGCCAGCUUUCCUUGCUACUACUCCAUGCAGCAAAGUUCGCAGGUGAUCGAUCAUUAUACCGCUCUUCCCAUUCCCUAUUCGCAUGCAGCACAGGAAAGCACGUUCAUCCAGGGUUAUAAACGCGCUACGUACGAAGAUGGCUUGCGGCUGAUGUUGAUGUCGAACCCUCCAACAUAUCGAUAUGCCACGGCAUUCGGCUUCUCUCUUUUUUUCGAGUCGCGAGAGGCCAUCAUACAGCGGCUCAGACUCGGACCCCGGCAAGAAAGUGUCUGCGACCAGACGCUCCAACACCGGCUUCGGACGAUUUUUCCUAGUUUCGGGGCCGACGUUUGUGAUGCCGACGACAUCGAGAUCUACUUGGGCCGCAUCGGUAUCAUCAUUCCGUUUGGGGCCAGCUUCGUCAACGGCGAAAUCUGCGUUGGCGAGCUUGAUGGUUCCGUACCAUUUAUCGAUGAUGCGGCCGUCAGAGCCCCGCAUGGUCCAAGUUCGCCGGGUAAUACAGAAUACCUGUCGGCCGACCAAGGAUACAGGAACAUCAACAAUCAAGCCGCAGGUGUAGGGGAGGUCUGGUCCACUGGCCCGGGCUUGCCGGGUCAUGUCCUAUCGACAACAGGCAGCGUAUGCUCGGUUUCGGGCACGCUACAUUCUAACGGAUCCGUCGCCGGUUUCACAGUCCCCCCUGUCCUUCAUGGCCCGUGGACAAGCUGGAACAGUGUUAAGGUGUCGAUCGAUGUGAGCGUCCUGUUGUAUGGUACGCAAUCUCGGACGAAUUGUGAUGAUCUGUGA